CUCGAACCAUCUCAAAGGCCACCAAUACACCCGUUCCAUUUCCCUCAGGCACCUCAAUGGAUCGCCCGAAACCAUAGCCGCUGCAAUCCCAACAAAUCUAUUUCCACCACACCCAUCCGCAAUAACCUUCCCAAGCCCAGAAACAAACCGCAAACGACACCUCCAGAAAUGACCUCCCUCCUCCCGCCAAACCUAGACCUAUCCGCCAUCCCGUCCUCCGCCGCCCUCUUUACCUCUCCCUCCUCCUCCUCCCACGAUACCGACCCCACAACCACCACCACCACCAGAAGUCCAACCCCAAGCCACAAGCAACAACAUCAUCAUCACCAGCGCUACACGCUCCCGCAGAUCCGCGCGAUCCAUGCCGCCCUGCACACCCACGUCACCGACGUCUCAGCGAGACUGCGCACGCAGGUCGGCGGCUCUUACCGCGAGCUGCUGGGCACGGCCGACACGAUCGUCGCGAUGCGGGCGGACAUGGACGAGGUGCUGGAACUGUUGGGGGAAAUGGGAAGCCGGUGCGGGAGGGCGGUUGUGGGCGGGAAGGUCGGCGGGCUGAGGGCGUUUUCUUUGCAGGUUCUGAGGCAGCGACGGCAGGAGGGUAAUGACGGGGGAGUAUUGGGAUUGGGGACGGGGGAGAGGCUGGUUCUGGCGGCGCGGUUGUACGUGUUUGGGCGGCUGCUGGUCAAGAGCCUUGGCGAGGGAAAGGCGCUGGCUGCUGCGCGGAAGAACCUCGAGAGCGUGCACCAUGGGCGGCUGGCGAGGGGGAUUGACGCGGUGCUGCGGAGCGGGAGCGACAAGGCCAUGAAGCGAGGCGAUAUACUGUGCGCGCUGGCGGCGUACAGCCUGGCUACCAGCUCUGGGGCGAGGGAUGUGCUGGCGCACUUUUUGCGCGUGAGGGCCGAGGCGAUCGCCGUAGCGAUGGGGAUGGGCGAGGAGGAGAGGGAGGCGAGAAACCCCAAGGAUGUGCUGCGUGCUUUGGGACUGUACACCAAGACACUGUUGGACGUGCAGAGCCUUGUCCCGCACAAGCUUACCGAGGCGCUGGUGAAACUCAAGGAGGAACGGCUGUUGGAGAACGCGUCGCUGAAGGAGAUGGAGGCGCUGAGGCUGGAUGUUUACAAACGGUGGUGCGGGGACGAGAUACAGUUUUACACGCCCUUUAUUCGGCACGACGAUCUGGAUGGGCCGCAGGCCAGGGAGCUGCUCGCGCGCUGGGCGGAGAAGGGAAGCGAGGUGCUGCUCCAAGGGCUCGAAAAGACGCUUGAGAGUAUGACCGAGCUCAAGGCCAUCGUCGAGCUGCGCACGAGCGUGCUGGAGCUGUGGAUCUCCGAAGGCGGCAGGGCGCGAGGAUUUGAUCCCUCCGAGAUGCUCGACCAGCUCCGCACGACCAUCAACAGGCACAUGCUGCGCGUUCUCGAGGCCAAAGUGGCCAAGCUGCGCCUCGUCGGUUCCGAAGUCUCGGCCGCCCUAGACGCCUGGCGCGAAGGCGUAACCGACCGGCACCAAAGCCUUUGGGACGUUUCCUCGAUCGACACCGAUCUCUCCAACGGCGUUGCCCAGUUCACACAGGAUGUUGUCGCCCGGCUGUACGGCAGGAACAAUGCCGUGUCCAAGGCCGUGGCCAGCUACAGGUCCUGGUUUCAUGUCAUUGACGACGUGGGUCAGGUCGUGGACCAGCUGAAGCGGCAGCGGUGGGACAACGACGUCGAUGAGAUCGAGGACGAGGAAACAAUCGAGGAACGCCAGAAACUGCUCUCCAAGGACGACCCGCUGGCGUUGAGCGAGCACCUGAAUCGUUUGCUGAUCGAUGCGUUCAGGCAUUUAGACGACCAGCUGAUUGCCCUGUGGAAUGCGCAGCGAGAGGGCCCAGAUAACGGCGCCGUAGCCAUGUACUUUGUGCGGCUGCUUAGGGAUAUUCGGGCCAGGCUGCCGGAUCUAGAAGCAGUCAAGGGCUUUGGCUUGGCUGCAGUGCCGUCGCUUCACGAGGCGGUAGCCAAAACCGUGGUUGUCUCGCCGCUGGAUGAGUUUGUCACCGGGGCACUCACACGGAGGUCGAUUGUGGGACGGAGCCUAUGGGAGGGCGAGCCGGCGCUACCGGGGUCACCCUCCUCGGGCACCUUCAAGUUCAUGAGGAACCUAACCGUCGCGAUGGGCGAUGCUGGCGCGGAUUUGUGGAGCCCUGCGGCUGUCGGUGUUCUAAAGCGCCACCUACAAAUACAAAUAUCCGACGCUUGGCUGGAGGUCCUUGGCGCCCUGAGUUCUGCCGGGACUCGUGAGGGAGAGCACACUGAAGACACGGAAACGGAGGAGGGCGCAGCCGAACAGGGCAAUGAGAGGUCCGCAGCAAACCUCUGGCAACGAGAUCUGCUCGUUCAGUGGCUUUUGGACAUCUACUACCUCCGGUGGUUCUUGGGGUCUGACGACUCACUGAAGGAUCUGGAGGAGGUGGUGUACCAAAGGUCGUGCCUGGACGCGACGGGCAAGGAGAGACUGGCCAAGGUGUCGCAGCACUACUUCAAGAGGACGAGCUUGCUGUUUGGGUUGUUGACAUAA